AGAGAGAAACCAACUGGCCAAGCUCAACUUCUUUUUUAGUAAGCCUCACACAAAUACACACGUUCUAGAAUGCAAAAUAACAAGAGUAUGUGCGAGUUCGGCGAUUCCGGGUUUGCGUCACAGCAAACAUACGUCGCAACUCUUCACAUAAUGGCUGUUUUGCAAGUUCCGAUUCAUUUAUUUGGAGGAUAUGUUAUCUUGUUUCGGACCCCCGCCAAAUUGGCAGCUGUCAAGUGGAGCAUGUUUUUUCUACAUUUUUGGAGUUCCCUGCUCGACAUAACGGUUUGUUUCCUGGUAAUACCGUAUACAAUAUUUCCGGUUCCUGGAGGAAUACCUCUAGGUGUCCUCUCAAUAAUGAGUGUUCCUUCUUUUAUUCAGGCUUUCAGCCUUGUAGUUUGCGGUGCAUUUACCGGUAUUUCUAUAUUGGGCUUCUUCAAGAAUCGGUGUCAAUCUAUGAAAUUCGGACCGUUCUCUCAAAGUUUAAAAACUAGGCUGGGAAGAUAUGUUCACAUAGGUAUGAAUUAUACAAUGACUUUUUGCUUUAUGAUCCCGAUAUACAUCAAACUCCCGGGUAGACAGGAGAGUGAGAAUUAUACCAUUUUGACUCUUCCCUGCAUUCCUGAAAAUAUCUAUAAAAACGAAAAGUUUUUCUUAACAUCUACCAGUGUUCCAUUUAUCUAUUCAAUGGUUGGUGGUUUAACUGUAUUGAUAACUUUCCAAAUUUUAUUCUACGUGAUAUAUUCUGUAAUCGAACUCCGAAAGCGUAUCAAGAAACUCUCCCGAGUUACAUCAUGUCUACAGCGGAAAUUCUCAAAUGCUCUCUACGCACAAGUCUCGAUUCCAAUGAUCGUUUACCUUUUUCCCAUGUUCUAUGUGUUUUUCACAUGGACAUUUGAUGUUUUCAGCCAGAUUUGCAACAAUCUCGUGUUUAUUUUCAUUGCGCUUCACGGGCUUUUGUCAACAAUUACCAUGUUCAUUGUGCACAAACCGUAUCGAGAAUGCUUGAAACUGAUCAUUCCAAGAUGUCCGAAGUGGCGAAAGAGAUCCAGAGUUGCGAGUGUUCGCGAUUUGCAUCUGUCAGUGAUUAUUUGAUUAUGUGAGGAAAUGUGGAAUAAAUGUUUUUUUUUUUC